AUUAUCUGUCCAGUCUUCCCCUAUCGCAAUUCUCAACUACGUUAUCUUCUUCAGUUUUCCUUCCACUCUAGUGUCGAGCUUUUCACAUUAAAAAAAAAUGGCUCCGAAUGAGUCGUCCACAGAGAACCGAAAAUGUAGAGAAAAUCAGAAGUCAAUGCCAAACUCUAUAAUUCUCUCUUCAGCUUUUUUGCAAACUCCAUUCGCCCACCCAUUUUUCAGACCAUCCUUGCCCAAACCAAGUAUCAUUACUCACCCUCACACUUUAAUCAUAUCUACUGCCGAUAAGUUUUUCGCAUUUAUUCAAUCAUUAGCCUUUCAGAAUCCACUCAUCCGAAAAUUUCACUCUUUAUCUUCCGAACUUCACAGUUUCUGCCAUCAGGUUCGUUCCAGGAACUGCAUAAGGGUAAACCCUUUGUCAAAUCACAAUUUCGCUGCUGUAUUACCGGGUGAUUCCGUGGCGGGGGUUGUGGUGGCCAAUGGGAUCCUGAAUUUCCUCAACCUAUACAACACCCUGUUGGUUGUUCGCCUUGUUUUGACCUGGUUCCCCAACUCUCCUCCUGCCAUCGUUAGUCCUCUCAGCACCUUGUGUGACCCGUACUUGAACAUAUUCCGCGGAAUCAUUCCACCACUUGGAGGGACAUUGGAUCUCUCUCCCAUUCUAGCAUUCCUGGUUCUAAACGCAUUUACUAGCACUGCUGCUGCACUUCCUUGUGAGCUUCCUGCAGCAGGAUCCACCCCGCUAAGUCCUUCAUUUGCUCCAAGGUUUACUCAUCUCACUAUAACACAGCAGAAAUGGUUGAGAAGGCUAUGUGGUAGCCAGGAAAAGAGUUCCAGCAAUGUCAAUUAGGUCGUUACACUAUUUGCCUAAGAUGUGUACCUUGUGUGUAUUCUCAUAAUUUUUUACAACUGGUAGUAUUCUCUGACUCCACUGGCUGUAAAAUUGUGGAAGUUCUUUGUUAUAUGGUAAUUGUUAUGUGUUCUUUUAAAUGGCACGGUUCUUGGUGUUUUGUAUCGUCUUACUUUGUUAUUUGGAAACAUACAAAUGAAGGUUUUGAGUCAUAAAAUUGUGCAGUUUUAAUA